CGUUGCACGUUGUAUGUCUAAGUAAGCAUGUUCAUUUCUACUAUAAAACCAGCCAAAGUUCAUAUUUUUGAAGAACUGUCUGCUGAAGUGUGAGUGAAAUUUGCCCAGACAUGGAUACUGUAUCAGACUCGAUGCUUGUGAGGGGACUGGUGUUCAUAGAUGGCUUCACAGUGCUGUAUUACAUGCUCAAAUGGCCCUGGAUUUGCUGGUGUGGAUUCAGAGUGUAUGUGCUGUCAAAAGUUUGGCAAACUGAUUUAAAGGCAUAUGGACAAUGGGCAGUUGUCACAGGGGCUACCGAAGGGAUUGGCAAAGCUUACGCAAAUGAGUUGGCCAGAAGAGGUCUGGACAUUGUACUGGUCAGCCGGUCAAAAGAUAAACUUUAUAUGAAAUUGUACGUCAAUAUGUUUGUUCCAGAGAGCCAACAUGGACGCCAGACCCAGAUCAUCCAGACAGACUUCACAAAGGGCCAUGACAUCUACCCUGCUAUAGCUGAGGCACUACGGGACCUGGACAUAGGCAUCCUGGUUAACAAUGUAGGCAUGAACUAUUCUGACAAGUUGGUACAUUUCCUGGACAUUCCCAACCCUGAGCAGCAGAUUUUUGUGACAUAUUUUUCCAGAUCUCUGAAUUCAGAGUACAAGUCACAGGGAAUAACAGUUCAGUGUGUGGCUCCCUUUAUGGUGUCCACUAACAUGACCCACAACUUGCCCCCCAACCUGUUGUUGAAGAGUGCCAGUGCUUUUGCCCGUGAAGCUCUGAACACAGUGGGUCACUCCAGCUACACCAGCGGCUGUGUCUCUCACGCUCUUCAAAACAUUGCUCUGUCCAUUUUCUUCCCUGAUUGGCUACGCCUUUCAUCCUACUGUGUGAAGCAGAGAAAUUUGCACAGAGCAUGGAGAAGAAAAUUUACAUUUACAUUUACAUUUAAGUCAUUUAGCAGACGCUCUUAUCCAGAGCGACUUACAAAUUAGUGAAUUCACCUUCUGACAUCACCUUCUGAUAAUCAAACUGUAUGUCACAUGCGCCAAAUUCAACAAAAAUAAAUGACAAUCAAAUAUGACAUUGACAUAUCAAAGAUGAAUUCUGGCAGGCUGCGAGAGAAUGUGCUAGCUGUUGUGAUUGGCUCUUCGAGUCUCACUACAAAGGGUCUGAAUACUUAUGCAAAUAAGUGUCAGGACGUUGGACUGAUGGGGAGGUUUAUGACCCCCAUAAAUAGCUCAGAGUAAAUAUUUAUUGCAUUCUCAUUUUUUCAAAUGGGCGGUAAUUUAGAAUGCAUAAGAUUCUGUAUUUAGGAUAGCAUGGCUUCUCCCUCUGUUCCUCAGUCUUCCCGCUCUUUCACUGAAACCCCACCCCUUUUCCUUUGUGGAACCAGCUGUCAUAUCUGUUCCGUCCACUAGGGAUGAUUUCUUUAUGACAUAAAUUGUAAUCAAUGUAUGAUUCAUUCUGUGUAUAUGUAAUUCUGUGUGAUUAAAAAUUGAUGAAAUGACAGAACUUUCUGCAAGCAAAGAGGACUAAGGAGUGCAAAGGAGGUUGCUACUGAAACGUUGGUGGUGCUUUAAAGAGGUCAUAUUGGAAAUUGAAACGAGUUUUACUUCAUAUGUAGAGAACUAAUUGAUCAAUGUUACUGUUUUUGCAUUGACUGCCAUUGAAAGGUAUUGGUAAUAGGAAAGAGAUUGUGUAAUGUUGAUGUAAUCAAGCUUACCCCAAAUCCAUCAUGAACUAUAUAUAGCCUGAGUGCAGCAGAGUAUGAUCUGUGGGAGACUCUCAAACAGGCUUCUAUAGUACAUAUAUUAGCUAUAUACUUAUUAGGGAUAUAGACUACAACAUAACUGAAUGCUUGAACAUAUGCAUGUUCUGGUUGAUUUGGACUUUUAACAGAGUACAAUUUUUGGUAUCAACCGUCACAUUUUUGUGAUCUCGAUUUUCUUAGAAAUAAAUAAAGACAAUGACUUUUGUUUAUUUUAUUGCCAACCCAUUCACAAAUGACUGUCAAAUUGUUGUUACUGAGUAACAUAUGUGUAAAG